UUUCUUAUCCUGUUAAUCAUUUCUAUAUUUGAUAAAAAAUAAAUAAAUAAAAAAAUGUUAGACCCGCUUAGACCUCCGCUGGACCUGUUUUACCGGCUAAUUUAAGGUUAAGUUAAAUACUCCACCCAGACACUUUAGACCAAAUCUUUAUUUUAAAUCUCCCAAAAAAUGAGUGGAGUACAAGAUAAAAGUCCAAUUCAGGACCAAGAAAACUUGAGGAGCAGUGAGGACUUCAGGGAAUAUUGGUUGGAAUACCAAGAAGGCCAUCAGCUGCUAAAGAAAGGCUCAACAACCUGCUGUUGCUGCUAUUGCGGAAAGGAUUUCUCAACAUCCCUCAAACACUACAACCACGAGAGAUUCUGCAAGGAUGGCAACGUUGAGAGAUUCCCUUGCAUGGUCUGUGGACUUAAUUUCAAGGCACAGGAAUGGCUUGAGAAUCAUAAAAAGCGCCACAGGAAGCCAGGAGGAUUCCCUUGUCUUACCUGCGGUGCUCAGUUUACGUCAGCAACAGCCCGGAGGAAGCAUAAAAAUGCUCAACAUCGAAUCUUUCGGUGUCAAAUCUGCAACAUUGAUUGUUUGAACUCCUUGAACUACAUCAACCACGUUCUAAACACUCACAGUGAUCUCCAAUCUGGGAAGCCUGAGAAGGUGGUUCCUUUGCAAGAGGAUGAAGAUCAAAAAAUUCAGGAAGACAACACAAAUGAACCCAAAUCUACCUCAUCCAGGGAUCUUCAAUGCAAACGCUGCCAGGCAUCGUACAACAAUGUUCGAAAUUUAAUUCAACACGUAAAAAAGGUGCACAAGAUGCAGGAAGAUGACGAAGAUUGGCCAAAGGAAGCUGAGGCCCUUCUCAAAUAUUCCUGCGAAUUUUGUAAUACACGAUUCAUCGCAGCCAAUAUAUUGCAAGAACAUUUGAGGCUUCUUCACGGUCCCAAUGGGGAGAAACUAUUUCUCUGCAGGAAUUGCAGGAAGGGAUUUGAAAGCAAGGAAGCUCUCAAGAAGCACAGAAAUCAGUGCUAUGCCCAAUGCAAUCAGUGCAAGAAGAAACUAGGCAAUAAAUGGUCAAUGAAAGGUCAUUUGAAGUACUGCAAUGGACCAAAAAUUUGCAAAAUUUGCAAUAAAUCCUUUGCAAAUUACAAUGCUCUAUGUGAGCAUGAGAAAGAGCAUAGGGAGGAGUCCUAUUCAUGCGAAUAUUGUGAGAAAACAUUCAAGAAAAUAUACUUAUGUCGUGCACAUGUUAAAAGGCAUGUUAGGAGCUUUAAAAAACAACAAACCUUCGACUGCGAUCUCUGUGUUCAACAAUUUCAUUCUAAAAGGUAUCUCAUAAAACAUCUUAUGGAAAUCCAUGGGAAGAGUAUGUUGAGUGGGGAGAGUGAAGGCUUCAUUUGUGGCUACUGCAACACACUCCUCGGGUGUAAAUCUUCUCUGACGCGACACAUGCAGACGAAACAUCGAAGUUUCUAUGGGAGAACACAAAUAAAGUGCCGACUUUGCAAGGAAAAUUUUGAUAAUUUAGACAAGAGGGAGAAGCACGAAAUGUCUGCUCAUCGUGAUGAGCUCACGUGCCAGGUGUGCAAUAAGAUUUACCCAAAAAUAUCCAAUUUGAGAAUUCACGUAAAGUACAAGCAUAUGGGUGAAAAUUCCUACAACCAAAAAAAUUAUCUCUGUGGAAAAUGCGGGAAAGCUUUCAGGCUCAUAGUAGCUUUGCGAAAUCACGAGAUGUCCAAUUGCGGAAAAUCCCCGCAGUUUCAAUGCGAUCAAUGCCAGAAAUUUUUCACAACAGCAGGAAUUCUAAAAUCUCACAAAGUCACCCAUUCGGGAGUUCGGGCAUUUCCAUGCCAGUUCUGCGAUAAGAAAUUCUUCCAGAAACAUCAGGCAUUGGUACACGAGAGGAUCCACACGGGAGAGAAGAUAUUCAAGUGCACCUACUGCUCCGAAGCUUUUGUGCACUAUUCAACGCUUCAGAUUCAUCUGAGCACCCACACGGGCGUGAAGAGGUACGUGUGCAGCGGAUGUGGCGAUAGAUUCACGUGCCAAUCCAAUUUAAGAGCACACCGGAAGAGUAAUGCGAGUACUUGUGGACUUACGCCGCUUAUGGGUCCUGUUCCAGGACCUUCUACUAAGCCACCUAAACAAUAGGGGAAUGUGAUGAAGUUUGAGAGAAUAAAAGAAUUAAACUUUUAAAA